GGCUGCCGCCCGCGCACCCCCUCCAGGCGGGCAGGGCCGAGCCGAGGCCGGGAGCGAUUCCCGGCCUUCCAGAGGCAGGGGCGGGCCGGGCCGCGCCGCGCCGCUCUGCUCUGCGCUGUCUUCUUUUUUUCCUCACGGCAGCUUGCGGAAAAGGCUGGGCUGAAUGAGCAACUGAAGGGAACGAAAGACCGAGCGGCGUUGUGGCCCCAGCGGUGGGAGCUGACAGGGGAUCUCCCGAAGCCCCGGCCGGUGGGGCGGGGCGGUGGCGAGGGGAGGAGGCGGACUCCCCCCCGCCCCCCGCCUUGGCUUCCCUGAGGCCGCCCCGGCUUGCGGCCCUCGCGGCGGGCGGCAGGGCAUGUCCGCGGCGCAGGUGUCGGCGGCGCCCGCCGAGCGGCGGGGCUGGGGCGCUGAGGGCGGUGGACCGGCGGUGAGCCGCCCCCGGGAAUCGGAGGAGAGCCGGCAACCGGAGCUCGAUGAGGAGGCCGCGGAGGAGGGUAGCCGGCGACGGCCGGUGGUGGAAGCUCCGCCGCCCAAGGAGAAUCCGUGGACGCGGCGCAGAGCGGCGCGGGACAGCCCCUCUCCGCCCGCGGCGGAUGGGCAGCUCGGCUCGGCGGACCCAGAACUACCAAAUUCCACUAAAGUUAUAAAAGCAAAAUCCAGGACAAGGAAAAGCAGCAAGGCUGAUGAUUUUGGCGAUAUCACAAACUGGCCAACACCAAGUGAAAUAGCAAACAAUGAAUGUAAGACUACGAGUCACAGCAAGAAGCCAACAAAUAGAAGAGAAAAAGAAGAGAAAUCUGAUCAAAAAAGCAAUAAUGGAAUCAAGGACAACUCAGAGGCAAAGCCAGAUGGUCCAGGAGAUAACACUAGCGAAGAUGAAGCUCAAACUAAUAACCAAAGGAAAAAAGGUAACAAACAGAAAUGGGUACCACUUCACUUGGAUGAUGUAAGGACAGACAGUCAAGAAAGACCAGGCUCUCGAACUAGCUCAAGGUUUCUUCUGGAAUCAAACAAGUUAAUACCUCACAACAGCAGACGGAGUGAGACAAGAAAUUGGCGUCGUGAUAGAGAAAAGAGAGAUGAUCAAGAUGAAGUGUGCAGUGUGAGGAGUGAGGGUGGCAGUGUCCGAGGAUUCUCCAGAGGCAGAGGAAGAGGGAGAGGCAGAGGAAGAGGACGAGGCAGAGGAAACCCUCGAAUGAACUUUGAAUAUUCAGUUGGAUACCAAGAACUGUAUGGUGAAGGAACUGACCAAAUGUUCCAACCUGAGCUUAAUGCUAGCUUGAUGUACUACUAUGGUGAUGGAACAGGAGUGCAGAUGUAUUCCGUGGAUGAAGCACUGCUCAAAGAAUACAUCAAACAUCAAAUUGAGUAUUAUUUUAGCACGGAAAACUUAGAAAGAGACUUCUUCCUGAGGAGAAAGAUGGACCAACAAGGAUUUCUGCCUGUUUCAUUGAUUGCUAGCUUCCGUCGGAUGCAGGCUCUCACUACAAAUCCUGCACUCAUUUUAGAGGCCCUAAAGGACAGCACAGAAGUUGAAACUGUGGAUCAGAGGAUAAGAAAAAGGGUUGAUCCAGAGAAGUGGCCAAUUCCAGGUCCUCCUCCAUGCAGUCUGCCACCAACUGACUUUUCUCAACUCAUCAAUUGUCCAGAAUUCAUACCAGGCCAAAUUUUUGGCUCACAUACUGAGUCCGCUCCAAGUUCUCCAAGAAUGGGAAGCCCUCUGGGUCCUAAGGAAAACACUGAAACAAGUAAUUUUCAGACCAUGUCUAAAGGAUUGUCUACAAGUUUGCCUGAUUUGGACUCUGAACCUUGGAUAGAAGUGAAGAAGAGGCAUCGUGCAUCCACAGUCAAACUAAAGGGAAGUACUCCUGUGUCUGAUCAAAUAUCAACUCAACAACCACCCCCACCACCAGAGGAACAAGAACAAGAAGAACUUGAUUUUUUGUUUGAUGAAGAGAUGGAACAAAUUCAGGGUCAGAAGAAUAAAUUUACUGAUUGGUCAGACAGUGAUUCUGAUUAUGAAAUUGAUGACCAGGAUGUAAAUAAGAUCUUGAUUGUGGCACAGACACCACCAUAUAUGAGAAAACAUCCUGAUGGAGGUCAUACUGGCAACCACGUGUGCCGUGCAAAAAUCACAUCAGAGCUGGCUAAAGUUAUUAAUGAUGGCUUGUACUACUAUGAACAGGAUUUGUGGAUGGAGCAGCGUGAGGAUGACACUCUGAUGAAGCAAGAGAUUGAGAACUUUAAGAAGCUAAAUCUCAUUAGUAAGGAAGAAUUUGAUAAUCUUGCACCAGAACCAGUUGCUGAUUCAACCCAGAGAGUUCCUGCAGGGGCAUGGAAAGAGGAGCUGCCUCGCACUCUGUCCAGCACUGAAGCACCUUCAGCAGCACCAAUUGCUCGGUCACUGCCAACAGCAGUUCCAGAUUCUCCCUGCCUUCACCCUGGCGUCACCCCACGAACUCCUCGCACCCCGAGGCUACAGGAUCCCAACAAAACACCCAGGUUCUACCCCGUGGUUAAAGAACCACGAUCCAUUGACGUCAAGAUUCCAAGGAAAAGAAAAACACGACACAGUGCAAAUCCUCCCUUAGAGUGCCACGUUGGUUGGGUGAUGGAUUCCAGAGACCACAGGCCAAGAUCUUCCUCUGUGAGCAGUUCCAAUGCUUCACCUUCAGAAGGAGCUCCACUAGGAGGAAGUUCUGGAUGUACCCCAAAUUCUCUUCCAAAAUUUCAGCAUCCUUCUCACGAACUGUUAAAGGAAAAUGGCUUCACUCAACAAGUGUACCACAAAUACCGCCGGAGGUGUCUAAUGGAGAGGAAACGGUUGGGAAUUGGCCAGUCCCAAGAAAUGAACACUCUUUUUCGUUUCUGGUCCUUUUUCCUGAGAGAUCAUUUUAAUAAGAAAAUGUAUGAAGAAUUCAAACAACUUGCUCUAGAAGAUGCAAAAGAACACUACAGGUAUGGAUUGGAAUGCCUGUUUAGAUUUUACAGCUAUGGCCUAGAAAAGAAAUUCAGGCAAGAAAUAUUCAAGGAUUUCCAAGAAGAAACAAAGAAGGACUAUGAAGCUGGUCAGCUAUAUGGACUGGAAAAAUUUUGGGCUUAUCUAAAGUACUCUCAGCACAAGACUCCAGCCAUUGACCCCAAACUGCAAGAAUACCUUAGUAAAUUUAAGAGGCUGGAGGACUUCAGAGUGGAUCCUCCCAUUAGUGAAGAAUCUGGCAGAAAGAGACUGGUUGCCACAGCAGGCGAGGAUUUGGGUCAUCGCAGACACCAGUUGAAUUCUUCUAAACCACUUCUUGCUACUAGACCCAUGGCUGCCUGUCAACCCCAGGCACUGGGAAAUGCUGGCAGUGGGAAUACUGUGCAAGCAUCCACAGGCCACUGCAGUGCUGCCAGGAAGUCUAUAGAAAGUGAUUUACCAGAAAAAUAGGCUUCAGAAGAGCUUGUGCCCUUGAAGAUCAACUCUUGCAGCUCUUUUGUGAUACGGAAAACUUCAAGGCAAGCGGAUUUAGUACAUGAUUAAAAGUGUAUGGGAGGACAAAAGAUUGGAUGGUCUUUUUCACAGGAUGUAGUUCCAAAACACACACCCUAGGAGAGUUGCUCUUGGUUUUUGGGAUCAUCGAAAGGAUCCUAGGGAAGAUUCUUUGGCUUCAGUAUUGCUUUCCUCAAGCUUCUGUUUACAAAGAACUGCAUUCCUUGCAUAUGCAAAAAGUACUUUGGGGGAUGCCUUACAUUUCAGCUGGUAUUUCUUAAGAAAAAGGUAUGAUAUUCCAUGGUAAUUACUGUGCUUUCUCUGCCCAGGUUUGCCCAUUAUUUGUAUUUUACCAAAGCAAAGAAGUUUAUGUUAUAUAGUGGAUUUUAAAUGUAAAGGAAGGAUCCAUAUGGUUGCUUUGCUUUUGAAUCGUAACUAUUCAGAUGUAUGGGAUUGUGCAAAAGCACACUCGGGAAUGUGCAGCUGUAGAUGAAACUGCAGUGCUGCAUUCUAUUUAAAAAUAUAAUUUCUCUAUUUUUCAGGGUCUCCAUAGUUAGUAUUUUAUUAAGUACAGAGUCUGAGUGGACAUAACUGGGAUAGUUUUGCAGAUGCUUCAGUACUGAUACUUAAUAACUCCAGCGAUGGGAAAAUGCAAAGAAAAAUGGAUAUGUUGAUUUCCAGUGUCUUAAAUUACCACCAUUUGUGCAGGUUGUUUAAAAUAAGGAACUAUUAAAAUUAUUCUUAGCUUGGGGGGUGUCUUCAUGAUCACUGGAGGAUUCAAAUGAAGCAGUCAAACAGGAGAGGCUUAACUUUUUACAAUUAAUUAUUUUUCUCGGUAUUUCAGGUAAUAAAAAUGAGUUUGGAGGGAGACAAAGUAUUCCCUGUAAAUUUUUAUCUUUUUUUUCCUCCUUUAUUUUGCAAUAUCUGAAUGAAGUUCUGCUUAAUUUGUGCUAGCUAAGCCUGAGUAAUUUCAAACAGGUCUAAAUACAAUUUCACUAAAUGUUAAGUUAUUCAAAUACAAAUCUGUUUCUGUAGCUGGAACAUGAGGAUAUUUAUAUCCUGCAAUUUCUUAUUAACUUCAUUGCUUUGCUUUUAAAGACUCCAGAAAAACCCAGUAGGUAAUUUUAUCUCUUCCAAGGGUAGAUUAGAAGAAUUUCAGCUCUUGGUUACUUAACUGCAGAAAAGACUUCAGUUAACUUUUUGAGUUUAAAAGUGACAUCUAGCACAAAUGCCUUAAUCCAUGAAGGUGUCCUAACUGCACAGCCACCUAUGGGGUUUUAAACUCAUAUCAGAUCUCUGAGGUUCUAACAGCUCCAUUAAUUUUUCAGCCAUUGGCUCUUGAAUGAGUCAGACAAGCAGUGAACGUUAGCAGUGUAAAGCAGACUGUUAGUGGUGGCCUUCCCAACGGUGAAUACAAUUUCAAUGCAAAGUGGAGCAUUUUUACAAGUGGCCUGUUUUAAAUGAGGUUAAAUAAACAUGUACCAAUGUGUUAAGUCAUGUCCUAUCAAUAUGCUGAAAGUGACACAUCUCAAUCCUGUGUUUGAUCCAUGCCUUUUUGCUAUCCAAGAAAACGAUGCGAAUGUAAAUUUGGAUUGAAAUUGUAUAUACAAGUAAUAGAUUUAAGAUAUUUCACUUUUUCAUUGCGGAAUGUGCAGAUGGAGCUUUUAGUGUGUGUAAUUUUGUCAUAUCUUGAAAAUUUUAUAAAAACAACAAUAACAAAAACCAAGUGGUGUAUAUCAACUCUUUUGUUUUCCCCAAAGUAUGAAGAAAAAACAACAAGUAUGAAGAAAAACAAGAGUGUAAGGCUGUAAAUUUGCAUGUGGAUUUCAGUGGCCUCUGCUGCACUACAGUGUUGAGGAAAUCCAGCCCACUAAAGGCUCAAGUGGUUCUGAAAAUGUGAGCUCAUUUUCAAGGUCAAUGUAAUUUUUGUUCAGUGCUGGGUUUUUUUGUGUUAUUUUUUUUUCAUAUAACUGGAUAUUUGUUGAAGAAAAGUAUCACAGAUGAAGGAUGAAUAUACCUGAAAGCAGAGUGAAUACUUGACCUGAACUCUAUUCUGUGGGACUCUCUAGGGCUAGUUGCUUAAGCAGUACCCCUUUACUUAGGUGUACAAACUCUCCCAAAGCCUGUACACAUCUCUGGCUGCUUUUCAGGAAUGCCUCCUUUCACUUGCCACAGCCUUGUGUCUGUCUCCUUACAGGUACAUGGAAAAAGUCACAACUUGCAUUAUUGCUGUGUGCAGAGUGAGCUGAGACCACCGAAUUUUAGAAUAAACCCCAAAGACUUUGCUGGCUAA